UCGUCGGGAAGUCAGCUGAUUGUAUUUUAAGGAAGUCCUCUGUUUCAGCUCCGUGCUUCCGAUGAAUUAAUCUGCGGGAGAGGGAAUGAGAAAUCGAGUAAAUUAUAUUUGCUCCAAUAUCUUCAUUGUGAAAACGUCGAAAGGAUGUUUGUGCAUUCGGUGAGAGCUGCGCGGUGGCAAACGACGCUGUUCGUGACUCUGCUUGCUUUGUGUGCGGUUACGAACUGCCUGUCCGGUACGGGGGAGAGAGCAGUUGAUGAAAGUAAACAAGAUGAAAUGACGGAUGACUAUAUCCAUAUGAGAACAAGCAGCCACAAUGUGACGAAUAGCUCAGCACUGAUUUAUGGUUACGUCUCCAGUGCAGUAUCUGUCAUCUUUUUUGGAAGCAAUUUUGUUCCAGUGAAGAAGUUUGAUACUGGCGAUGGAAUGUUCUUCCAGUGGAUCCUUUGUGCUGCCAUUUGGAUGGUCUCCUUAAUAGUGAAUAUAAUACUUCAGUGUCCCAGGUUUUGGCCACUUGCAAUGCUUGGUGGUUUCAUAUGGGCCACAGGAAAUAUCACGGUGGUGCCAAUACUAAAAACAAUUGGUUUGGGACUUGGAGUGUUGAUCUGGGGCUCUUUUAAUUUGCUGAUGGGCUGGGCAAGUUCGAGGUUUGGCUGGUUUGGAAUUGACCCAGAAGAGGUGGCUAACCCGACUCUAAACUACGUUGGAGCUGGCUUGUCAUUAUUAAGUGCUUUGAUUUUUUUUGCUGUAAAAAGCGAUGUUAAGAGUCCCAUGAGAUCUUCAGAAACUGUACCUUUAUUAUUGGAUGUUCGAAUCAAUAGUGAUGAUCACUGCUCAGUAGAUGAAUCAUGGGUUGAUAAACUGAGUCCCAGAAAGAAAAGAAUUAUAGGUGUUUUAUUAUCUGCGGUUGCCGGAAUUUUGUAUGGGUCCUCCUUCAUCCCUGUCCUGUAUAUCAAGAAUCAUGCUAAAAGGAAAGACAGUGAAUAUGCUGGUGCAAGUCAGUUUGACCUUGAUUAUGUUUUUGCCCAGUUCUGUGGGAUAUUUCUUACUAGCUCUGUAUAUUUUUUAAUAUACUGUGCGGCAAUGAAGAAUAAACCCAAAGUCUACCCCAAGGCAAUAUUACCAGCUGUUGUCUCCGGGGUGUUAUGGGCAGUAGCAAAUUGCUGCUGGUUCUUGGCCAACAACUACCUCAGCGCUGUUGUCAGCUUCCCUAUUAUCACUGCGGGUCCUGGACUCAUUGCUGCCAUGUGGGGAGUGUUAGUGUUUAAGGAAGUAAAAGGCAUUCGAAACUACCUCAUUUUGAUUUUAGCCUUCUGCAUUGUGUUGGCUGGUGCCCUAACGACUGCAUUUUCAAAGCUCUAAGCUCCGCGCUUCUCCUUCAGAUGGCAGCACACACCACAAUCCCUUUUUUCCCCCGCUGUUGUUUAUAAAUCAGCUCAGUUAUAAUUCAGUUUUUAAAAGCCAAAGCAAAAGGGUUUAGAAGAUUAAAAUAGCUAAUUCAUGCUUCAUUAAAUUUUGAAAUAAUAUUCACUUUUUAUCCUUUUUAUCUGUGGAGUCUAAUUGGAUAAAGGGAUUAGAAAAAAAUAUCAACGCUUCAUGUCUAAAAUACUGUUAUGUUUGCAUGAAGUCGAUAUCACCGAGCUGCAAAAGUUGUAUCUUCAUUUAAACUAUAAUACUUGUGCACAUAUGUAAUUUAAUUGUUUAAAUCCCUUGACGCCUUUAUAAAAGACAUCCUCGGUGUACCAAUAAGCAGUGUGGUUUACAGUUUUCUGCCAUAUCUUACAUUAAAAUGGUGUUUAUGGCUACAGUGUAGCAGGUAUUAAACGUUGGUCACCUAUUAUUUUAUCUUGGCAUUAGCUGUAGCUUUGAAUAGUAAAGUUGCAAAAAUGUGCAAUAGAAAAUACUUUUUUUUUUUUGGAAAACUGCUGUAUAUAGCAAGAAAAAUACAACCGUUCUGAUAGUAGGAAAAAAGACAACUUGAGAAUGUCUUCCUUGAGUCAUAUUGUGCUUUAUUUCCACUUUUUAGUGGAAGGCGGUUCACCUUUCAAUGGAAAGACGUGUGAUGUUAAAUAGUAAACCGUUACCAGGCGUUUUAGUUUUUCACUUUACAGAUUGUUGGAGAAUCUCUGGCGAUGUUGGUAUAACAAAUGAUCCAGUCCUUAAGUGCGUCUCAUGAGCCUUGAAACAUUUAUAGCAUAACAAGCAAAUUAAACGACUGCACUUUAACUUUGUAUGAUGUCAGCGACCAAAACUGAAAAAUUAAAAGAAUUGUUACAAAAUAAAGAAAAUAUUUUUUAUUGUG